AUGCGUUCAAGAACCCUGGCAAACCUCUGGUGUCUGUCUGCAUGUCACGGACUGGCCACCGCAAAGACGACGUCCUCUAGCUUGAGACCGGCUACGACCUCAUCCACAGGACCAUCCCCAUGUACCGUGACGGCGUAUUCUGCUGUUGCUGCGGCUACAGCUUCUUGCACGGCCAUCACGCUCAAGAACAUUGCAGUCCCUGGUAAUGCCACUCUUGAUCUGUCGAAGCUCAAGGCUGGCACAAAAGUGACCUUUGCCGGAACAACCACUUUCGGAUUUGCAGAGGCAGACUACGACAUGAUCAAAGUCGGUGGCACAAACAUCACCAUAACCGCCGAAGCCGGUGCCAUCAUCGACGGCAACGGGCAGGCCUGGUGGGACGGUCAAGGAUCCAACGGCGGCAUUGCAAAGCCUGAUCACUUCUUUGUGAUCUCGAAGGCUCUCGGCAAUAGCGUGAUCAAGAAUCUCUACAUCCAGAACUACCCUACCCACUGCUUCUCCAUAUCGGGUAGCGAAGGACUGAUAAUAGAAAACAUCGUUCUCAACAACACCGCCGGGAACGCGCCCAAUAGUCGAUCGGGCGGUCUUGCCGCUGCUCACAAUACCGAUGGUUUUGAUGUCAGUACUUGCAACAAUACUAUUAUUCGGAACAGCAAAGUGCUCAACCAGGAUGAUUGUGUGGCUGUGACAUCUGGUAACAAUAUCACCGUCGAUGGUCUGUACUGCGAUGGUGGCCACGGUCUGAGCAUCGGCUCCGUUGGCGGCAAGAGCAAUAACAAUGUCACGAAUGUUCUGUUUGAGAACUCAUACAUCUUGAACAGUCAGAAUGGUGCUCGCAUCAAGAGCAACUCGAACACGACUGGUUUCAUCGCCAACAUCACCUACCAGAACAUCAAGGUCUCAAAUAUCUCCAUCUACGGCAUCGAUAUCCAGCAAGACUACCUUAACGGCGGCCCCACUGGCUCGCCCACGAACGGUGUGAUCAUCACCAAUGUCACGAUGUGUAACAUCCAGGGCAUGGCGGAGAGCAUUGCUAAGGACUAUUACAUCUUAUGUGGCGAUGGGAGUUGCUCCAACUUCAGAUUUGAUGAUGUGCACAUCACUGGCGGGAGCAAUAGUAGCUGUAAUGUGAUGCCUACGGGCGGAUUUGUGUGCUCUCCGUAG